AAUUCAACAUUGAUAAAGAUAAGACGUGUCGUAUGUUGUCAUAACGUUUACUUAUGUCUCAUUCAUUUGCGUUGGAUUUCCAUAUGUGCGGGUUGAAAUAGAUACAUCACUGAAAUGCUCUGCCGUUUGUUUGUGUUGGGUGCAUUGGCACUUUUCUUAGCGCCUAUCCUGUACUUCUACUUUAAAAGUCCCCCCCCAUUACCGAAGGUGGACCUCAACGAAUGGUGGGGCCCCAAGCUAUCUAAAUCCAAGUACAAUGAGGAAAUAGAACCGUUUAAAGUUCAAUUUUCAGAAGUGAUCGUGAAGGACAUAAAAGAGCGUCUCCGCGACAGACACCCCCUCACUCCGCCACUAGAGGGCGUUGCAUUCGAGUAUGGCUUCAACAGCAAGCAGCUCGAGAGUUGGCUCAAGUACUGGGCUGAGGAAUACCCGUUCAGCGAAAGGGAGGCGUAUUUAAACAAAUACCCGCACUUCAAGACUAACAUUCAAGGUUUGAAGAUACACUUCGUGAGGGUGACACCGCAGGUACCUGAAGGCACUGAGGUGGUCCCGCUUCUUCUUCUACACGGCUGGCCGGGAUCCUUCGUGGAGUUCUACGAGGCGAUACCAGCUCUGACAGCUGUCAGACCUGACAGGAACUUCGCGCUGGAGCUCAUCAUACCCAGCCUCCCUGGUUAUGGGUUCUCAAGUGGUGCCAUAAGACCAGGACUGGGAGCUGAUAAAGUAGCUGUUAUCUUUAAGAAUCUGAUGAACAGGCUUGGAUUUAAGAAAUAUUAUAUCCAAGGAGGGGACUGGGGCGCUCUCAUUGGAAGUAAUAUGGCUUCUUUCUUUCCUCAGGAGGUCAUCGGAUUCCACACAAAUUUGCCAUUAAUCAUGUCGUCAAAGGCCACGUUCUUAAGAAUCUUGGGGGCGAUAUACCCUCCGCUGCUUGUAUCGCGAGAAGUUGAAGACCGAGUGUAUCCAUUAAGCAACUAUUUUGGAUUCCUUCUACAAGAGACAGGAUAUUUUCAUUUACAAAUAACAAAGCCGGAUACAGUUGGGGUUGCCCUAUCAGAUAGUCCGGCUGGUCUCGCAGCGUAUGUUCUGGAGAAAUUCUCUACGUGGGUGUGCCCAGACCAUCGAUAUAAACAAGACGGUGGUCUUCCCUACCGCUUCACCAAAGACCGACUAAUCGACAAUCUCAUGGUCUACUGGACUACCAACACUAUUACCACCUCUAUGAGGCUGUACAAGGAGACUUUUAAUAGCAGAUACAUGGGUCUACGAAUGGAUGAUAUACCAACGUCGGUUCCAACAUGGGUGACGCAGGCAAAAUACGAGGUAUCCUAUACUCUCAACUUAGUUCUGAAGUCCAAAUAUCCCAAUCUCGUGAAUGAAACUAUCCUCGAUGACGGUGGACACUUCUUGGCUAUGGAACUGCCUGAAAUCUUCAGCAAUGACGUGCUAAAGGCAAUAGGAGAAUUCAGAAAAUUGAAUAAAGAAUAUAAAAAAACAGAGCUCUGAAUGGAUGUAUUUGUAUAAUAUAUUUUGAUAAAAAAAAUUGUUUAAAUAAG